CUGCGCUGUCGCUAUUAUUUUUAUUCGUGUCAAAGAUGGAUUCCGGUCCUGACGUGUUAGAUUACGAAUCGCGUGCGAAACGGCCGAAAAUCGACUUGGACGACCCUAAUGGCGGCGAAUUGCGGGACGGCGAUGGAUUUUCUCGAUUUUCGGCGACAAUUCCGUCCCCGAUCGGCCACGCAGAAGGACUAACAACAGAUUGUGAUUCAGGAUACGAAGCCUCCAACUUGGAAUCCAUACAGACCCAUUCACCACAACAUCCAGAUACUCAAGAGAGCAUGUCCAACUUAUCAGCGUCAUGCUGUCCCACUCCCACUCAUGAAAACAAUGAUACUUCACAGGAAAGCUUAGAAGAAGAGGAAGAAGAAGAUGAUGAUGAGGAUGAUAACACAUCAACAGUCAGUAACCUAAGUGACAUAAGUGGCCUGUCAAAUUUGAGCGGUCAAGAUUGGAAACCAAUGGCAGGCAGCAUGAUUUGGAUCCAACAACAAAUGCAAAAAGGCAUGAACCCCAGAGCCAUUCUAACAGAUUUGGGUGUAGAUUUAGAUUUAAUUCCCACUUACGUGGAUGAUCUUACCCUAUGGAAAAUUGUCAUAAAUGUCUUAGCAGAGCCACCUAGAAGGCACAAGCUAAAACACAUUAACACCUUAAACGAUGUAGUAAGAUUAUUAAAAGGAGCUCAAAAAAUUAUAGUCCUAACAGGGGCUGGAGUGUCAGUAUCUUGUGGCAUACCAGACUUCAGAUCUAGAGAUGGCAUUUAUUCACGUUUAGCAAAAGAAUUUCCAAAUCUACCAGAUCCUCAAGCAAUGUUUGACAUUGGCUACUUCAGUCAAGAUCCUAGACCGUUCUUCAAAUUCGCCAAAGAUAUUUAUCCAGGCAAAUUCAAGCCAAGUCCUUGUCAUAGAUUCAUAAAACUCUUAGAACGUCAUUGUAAGCUACUAAGAAACUACACCCAAAACAUUGAUACAUUGGAAAAAGAGGCAAACAUUGAAAAUGUUAUAGAGUGUCAUGGCUCAUUUGCAACAGCUACUUGUACAAAAUGCGACCACAAAGUCAGUGCAGACAAAAUAAGAAACAUCGUCUUGGCUCAGAAAAUUCCUAUGUGCGAAGUCUGUCACGAGAACUCAGAAAUUUCAAUGUCAACUGAUGACUCGACAGAACAAACUCCUGACUUUAAAAGCCUAGUAAUGUCUGGAAUUAUGAAGCCUGAUAUAGUAUUUUUUGGUGAAGGCUUGCCUGAUACUUUUCACGAAUCAAUGACAGCAGACAAAACAGAAUGUGACUUGUUGUUGGUGAUUGGCAGUUCCUUAAAAGUAAGACCAGUGGCGCUGAUUCCAAGCUCCUUACCUGCUCAUGUGCCUCAGAUUUUAAUCAACCGUGAACCUUUGUCGCACUGUCAUUUUGAUGUAGAGCUUCUAGGAGAUUGUGAUGUCAUUAUAAAUCAUUUAUGUAAAUUGUUGGGUGAAAAUUGGGAAGAAGGCAUUUAUAGUCAGCAACAGUUGGUGGAAGUUCCAGAAUUAUUGCCAGAACAAUCAGAAAAACAGUUUGACAUAAGCAAGUGGCGAGGAGUGCAAGGGAAAUUGUCUUGUUCUGAUGAGAAUUUGCUUUUGGAUUCAGAAGAAUGUGAAGCCAAUAGUUCGUCAAAUCAAACAUCUGGCCCUUGUAUAUUAGAAGAUAAAUCCUUCAAGGAAAGACACACAAGUACAGACUCGGUAGCUCGCGAUUCUGGCAUUGGAGAAAAUUCGAAUUUCGCAGACUUGGAAACAGAAGCAAAUACCAGCGAAAAAACCGAAAAGUCAAUUUUUAAUAACAUGAGCGGAAAAAUGUUUGAGGAAACGACAAAAUCGAAAAUCCCAAUGCCGUCGCCGACCCCUUUUCGAAAACAACCCAGUCUACGUAAUAGCAAUAUUAAUACAAGAAACAGCCAAGAGAAUUGUGCAGGGGGCGGUUGCCAGUCUGCCAACGGCGCUGCACUGCAAAGGGGCGGCUCGUUCAUGGAAAAUAAUGGAAGAUUUUCGCAGCAGCUGAGGCCCAAUUCGGUCAGAAUUGGAGGAAAAUCCGAAACAAAUCCGCCUACGGAAAGAAUCAGAAGUUUAUCGUUGUCAUUGUCCAACACUCGAAUAAACAGUCCAAAAUCGCCCGGGACAACUUCCAUGAUAAGCAAGAAAUAUUCGUCCAGCCAAUUGGAUUCUUGGGACACUGACAGCAUAACAAGUAUAGGAAGCAGUGUGGCGUCUUGUGAUCACGCCAGCAUUGCCCGAAACGGUACAACUUUUUCCGGAAGAAGUAUGAAGUAUGUGUUCCACUGUAAUCAACAAGCAGACGUUGCAGGAGAAGAUUACCUAACACCCACUCAACGAGCUCACCGGCAAGUAAAAAAACUCAAAUACUUAUUGCAACAGGCCAAAAACGAUUUAGAGCAAAAAGACAGCGACAUUUUAAAACUUACCAAAGAAGUAGUGGAGUUGAGGCUUUACAAAGCAGCUUUAAAUUCACCAGAAGAUAAAUCAAACAGCAGUGAAGCUAUAACAGUCAGGGAAAUUACUCCCGAUGAAACUGACAAUCAGCAACCGAGUGAAUUGCUGGCAUCGUUUGCUGAUUCUGGUCAUUAUGAAGACGGUACUAACUCUUCUAUUCAUUCAAACGACGAUUAUUCCAGGUCUCCUUAUAAGCUCAAACUAGUAGAAACUUCAGACAAAAGCUGCACAGCACACCUUUCCGAAAAAACCUCUUCAGAGCAAAGCAAACUGAUAAUGGAAUACGAAAAACGCAUCCAAGAACUGGUGCGCACCCACGAAGAAGACACCUAUCAUCUCAAGCAAAAGCACAACAACAAAAUCGAAGAAUUACUACAAAGAAUCACGGAAAUAAACGCAAGAUAUUGGGAUCUUGUUCCAGAGCUCGAUAUUGCCAAAGAUAAAAUACGCGAACUCGAAAUACAACUGGAAUUGGCUAGUGAGAAUUUGCAAAAACAUCAAGAGAAAAAUAAGGAGGAAGUUGAAAAUUCUGUUAUGGAAAUUGCCAGGCAACAUCCAAACAGAGUAUCAGUUCCGGAGCUUCUAACAGAACUGCAAGUGACCAAAAACGAGCUAGAAAAUAUCAAGGCAAUGUACCGUCAACUAACGGAAGCCAAAAGCCGGAACAAAAUCGAUCCGGAAAUAACGCUUCAAUUCCUUAAAUCCGCCGUCUACUAUUUCCUGACCGACAAGGAAAAUUCCAGCGGACACCUCAAGGCAAUUCAAAGCAUUUUGGGAUUUACUGCUAACGAAAUUACUAAUAUCGAAAAGGCUAGGGCCACUUAAAUGUUUGCUUUAUUUAAUAUAUUAGUAAUGUUAGAACCAACUAUAAAGAACUGGUGACGUCAUCAUUGACAAAGAAGGCAAAUUUCCUUCUUUCUAUUUGAAGUGAGACAAAGUGGUUUCUUAGCUAGUUUUAUCUAUAUUACAGUGCCUAAGAAUAGUUUUAAUUUACUUUUUAUUAUGCAUUUUGAUGUUAGAUAGGAUUUAUUAUAUAAUAAUGUACACAUUCCGCCCAAUUAUUUUGUGAGACUAUUUUACUGUUCCUUAUUUUUACGUUAGUGCUAUAUUAGUGGUUGAGGAUUUAUUUUAAUUGAAUUUCAUUGGUCGGAUGGUGCAAUUUACUGUUUCUCUUUUAGAGUAUUUUAUUAAAUAAAAAUGUUGUUGAAUGAAAAA